AUGCCCUCACCCGCGCCGCCCGCGCCCAAAUCACCCAAGCGCACCAACGCCACCAUCGCGCUCGCCCGCGCGCCGCGCGCGUGCUCGGGCGCGGCGCUCGGGUACUUUUUCAUCGCCCUCGUCUGCGUCAUCUGGAUCGCCGCGUCGUUUCUCGUCGCCCGACUCGAGGCGCACGGCCUGUCCCCGGUGCUCCUGAGCUUCAUAUGCGGCUCGGGGUUCAUCAUACUCGUCCCGCUGCGGCUCGGGACGAUCGCGCGGGGAUGCGCGGCGAUGGUGGAGAGCGCGCGAGGCGCGCGCGCGGGACAGCGGGACGCGAGGCGCGGCGCGGGACGCGCGAACGCGGACGACGAGGCGGAGCGAGGACACAGCUCGAGCGCGCGCGCGGGCGCGGCGAAGAAAAGAACGCCGGGAGAAGGACACGCGAACGCGGUGGAAUUAGUGCCGCUGGCGACGGCGGGAGGAGAGGGAGAGACGAGAGACGCGGAACGGGGCAAGGCGAACGAGACGGCGGCGAGUCGCGCGAAGAGACGCGGCGAGGCGGGUAUGUAUAGUUUUGAGUAUCAUCUCAAGGCGGCGUUCGUCGUGGCGCCGAUAUGGGUGAUGGCGCAGUUGGCGUUUGAUUAUAGCCUGCUGAUGACGACGGUGACGGCGAAUUCGAUGCUGAGUUCGUCGAGCGCGGUGUUUACGUUCGUCGUGAGCGUGUACAUGGGCCUGGAUAAGUUUUCGUGGAUGAAAGUCGCGGCCAUCGUGGCGUACGUCAUCGGCACCGUGCUCGUGACGUUGGCGGAUAGGGACCCGCGGGGGGUGAAUUUCGACGAAGCCUCGGCCGAGGAUAUGGCGAACAACGCCCUCGGGCAGAACAUUCAGUCGCCCGCGCUCGGCAACGUCUUGGCGCUCGCCGCGGCGGGGCUCUACGCGCUGUACACAGCCACCAUGAAGCUUUACUUGAAGGAUGACGACAAAACCGACAUGACUUUGUUCUUCGCGCUCAUGGGGAUCUUUAAUUUCGUCGGCUACGGCGCGGUGUUGAUCGUCACUCGCGCCCUAAACGGUUUGCCGAAUUUAUUCUUCGCCUUCACCGAGCGCGUCUUCUGGCUCGCGUGCGCCAAGGCAUUUUUUGACAACGUCCUCAGCGAUUAUCUCUGGGCGCGCGCGGUCCUGCUCACGUCUCCCACGGUGGCGUCGAUCGGUUUAUCGCUUCAGAUCCCCCUCGCGGCGACGGUGGAGGUAUUCAUCGGCCAACCCGCGUGGGCGUCGCACUUUCAAAACGCCGCCCUCAUGGCGAGCGGAACGCUCUUCGUCAUCGCCGGUUUCUUAGGCGUCGCCUGA